AUGCGCGAUUGUUUGGGCGUCAUCACUCUGCCCAACUACCAGAUCUCAGUCCCGGGAGAACAAAAGGAUAGCCACAUCUUCUCAAAACGGAACCCCAUAUGGCUCAAGCACCAGCCCAGCCCUCAUCAUGGAAGACAUUCCACCUCCAGCUCCGACGCUAGUCCGCCCACGUCGAAGGAUUACUAUCUGUCAAUGGUCAGCAGUGUCGACAAGGAGGAGCUUUAUUUCACGCUGCUUCGAUGCUCCAAGCUCAAGCCGAACUCACGGUCGUUUCUCAGAGAGAUCCCCAAGCGGGACUCAACUCUCUUUGACAAGUCUGCCAUGAACACACUAAUCAGGAGCAUUCACUCGAAUGAACAUCAGUACCAGUCAGCAUGGCUCAACGCGAUGCUGGGCAGGAUUUUUCUAGGGAUAUACAAAACGCCCCAGGUCAAAGACAUGGUGUUCCAAAAGAUGGUCGACAAGUUGUCUCGCGUACGCCUACCCAACUUUCUGAACGACAUGCGGAUGAAAUCAGUACACCUUGGCGACGGCGUCCCUUUAAUCACCCGGCCCAAGCUCCUGAGCUUCAAACCCAAUGGCGACUUGGUCAUGGAUAUGAAUCUUCUCUAUCAGGGCGGAUUCAGAGCCGAGGUCGAGGCCGAGGCUGUUGUCACCGUAACAAAAAAGAUUCAGCCCAUCAAGGUCUCAUUGGUCCUUGUCAUGACCCUAGUCCGGCUAGAGGGGCGCCUUCAGGCUUGGAUCAAACCGCCACCGUGCAACAGGAUAUGGUAUGGAUUCUAUCAGAAGCCCCAAGUAGAGAUGAAGAUUGAGCCGGUCGUGUCCGACAAGCACAUCAAGUCCAACCUAAUCAUCAAAGCGAUCGAGAACAAGAUGCUGGAGGCGCUUGCAGAGACAAUGGUGCUACCCAACAUGGACGACAUUCCCUUCUCAGACUCUGAGGGCCUCGGCGGUAUCUUUGGCGAAGAG